CCAUGAUGGAAGGCACCACCAUGUUGAAGGCAUGGGAUGAAGCAACAAAGCACCAGCGCAAAGUCCUCCUCGAUGAGUUUGCAUGGAAGUAUCGUGACGCGCACUUGUUUGAGACGACUGUGGACUUGAACGACGACUUGGGAUCGUCUGCGGGUUUGUACUUGUCUCGCAUUCUGUCGUGGCUGCGGCUCAACUGCACCGACGGCGAUGGGCUGGCCCAGCACAUCCGUGCCAUUGCCGUCUUCUUGCGUGGCCACUUUCUUCAAGAGUUUAUUGACAUGGAAGGCGUACCAGUGCUGCUGUACGUGCUGUCAUUUCCUCCGCAUGCUGUCGCCGAUGCCGACUGCGCCGCAGUGAUCCAACUGCUUCAAACGCUGGGGCGAUGCGGGCGGGCGUUCAAGGAGUACAUCAGCCAAUGCGGCGGGGAGCGAAGUGUUGUGCAGUGCUGUAUGGCUCGAAGUCCACAUGUAUCAUGCGAUAGCGGGCUGUGGCUAACUGUCCAUACAGUGCUGCUGGAGCAAUGCCGCGGCAACCCCAACUCCACGACUGCAACAUUCGCGGCCCUCCAUCUUUUGCUUGAUAGCGAGUAUGUCAACAUGAUUCGCAUGGGGUCGCAGAUUCUCCGCGAGCUUGUGGCUACCACGUCGCCACACUACGACGCCCGCGUGGUGGAGUACAUGUGGGACCUCGUGCCUACGGCCAUGACAUUGCUGGCUCACGAGAGCUGCAAGGUACAAUUUGAAGCCCUCGAACUCGUUCACGUAUUGGUUCAAGACCCUUCCAAACACCAUGCCUUGUGUUUGGAGCUCUUGCGCUGGCUUCGCGAGGCGGCGAUCAAGCCAGAUCACAACCUCUCCAAGGCUGCCGACGAGUUCUACGAAGUCGAAUGUUUCAUGCACUUGAAAUCGCACGUCGUGCGGAUUUGUCGGUGCCUUGACAGCCUUCUCUUGCGAUGUCCAUCGUUUGCCGACGUUGUGAUUGACCUGCACGGAGUCGAUGCCCUCGUGUACGUGAUCUUGGUGUCGACGGAGAACUCGCUCAAAUGGCACGCGGCGUGCUUUACACUGCUGCGACUGUGCGCCACCCAAGAGGACGCGUACAACGCGCUGGCGGUCACUUGCCAGCACUCGGUGGCAUUUGUGCGCGACACCGUCUCGGAAACGGCGCGAAUAACGUUGACCCAAGACACUGAUGCGCUCGAGUUCGACACGACCAUGGACAUGCUUCUGGGGGACACAACCCAUCGCCAUGCGAUUUGGAAGCAUUUGUACGACGAAAAGUGGCCGUUGAAGCCUGUCGUGGUGGUGGAAGGCGGCAACGAUCAGACUCUAGACGCCAUUGAAGCCCAAGUCGAAGCUGUCAUCUCCCCAGUCCGUCAUAAUUUUCCGUUUGAAGGUGGGUUGCUACCCGAUGAGUCGCCGGCACCCCAACAUAGCGACCACUACUUUAUUCAAAAACUGCAUACGCACUUUCAGCACUACCGCCGUGUUCUCCAAGACACCCGAAGCUAUGCAUGAUUGUCGGUCGGACGAAAUGAACAAGGACUAUUACAUAAAGCACCCGUCAUUCUGUC